AUGGCGAUCGCGCGAAGCCACGUCGUGUCGCGCCCGGCGGCGGCGGCGCGGUACGGCUCGUCGCCGGACCUGCUGGCGACGUCGCUGCAGCAGUCGUUCCGCUACGCACGGCUGUGGACGGCGUUUCAACAGUUCUUCGGCUUCUUCGCCUUCCUCCUCACGCUCUGGUUCGUCACCUCGCGCCCCUGGCACUCCGCCGACUCCCGCGCCGCAAACUCCGCCGCAAACGCCGGCGCGUUCUCCGCGACCUCGCGUAGCGGAUUCACCAGCGGGAGCAGCGGCGGCGGCGGCGGCGGGAAACUGACAGGUCCGGCGGCGUACGUAGUGGUGGUGUGCGAUGAGUCGCAGUUAAAGUCCGCCAUGGUGCUCGUGCACUCGAUCCGAUCCACUAAAACCGAACACGAUAUCGUCGUGCUCGCGCGCAACCUCUCCGGCACGCCGCGCCACAUCUUCCGCGCGCUCGGCGCCACCGUCAACCCGCUUCCGCGCGGCGUCCCCGCGUCCGUGCUCGCGCUGCUCGACGACCCCUUCCGCCCCGCCGCCUCCUCCGCCAACGGCAACCGAUCCUUCGCGCACGCCGCCGCCGGGAGAGGGGAUUCCGCCGACCCUUUCUUUGCAUCUUUCUCCGCGAACCCCGCUUCGGAGUUCUCUCCGCCCUUCCCCCCAACAACCUUCGCGGACCCCUUCUCCUUCAGCUCCGUCUACUCCCCGCCGCCGCACCCCGCGGCGCUCGCGGAGUGCCUGCCGUUCAAAUUCUCCAUGUGGCUGCUGCGCCAGUACUCUAAAGUCGUCUAUUUGGACCCGCGCAUGCUCGUUCUAGAGAAUAUCGAUGACGUGCUGGCUCGGCCCGAGCCUACCGCAGCUCCGGAUAACUCCCUGCCGGACCGUUUCAACCCGAGCCUGUUGGUGCUGGAGCCGAGCGUGGCCACGUACCGCCAGCUCGUCGCGGAAUACGCGGCUAUCGCGUUCGGCGACGCGGAUAGCGACAGCGACAGCAGCGCGAGACGCACCCUCGCAGCAGGGGACUCCGACCAGGCGCAGACGCAGCAGGAGGGGCGGCAGGAGGGGCAGCCUCAGCCUCAGCAGCAGCAGCAGGAGUGGGGGUUGCAGCGGCGGCUGCGGCGGGGGCCAGUGCUGCCAGUGGGGUCGGAGGAUCUGAUCUUCUUCAACCACUUCUUCUCCGACUGGCCGCAGCUCGGCGCGCAGCACCACCUGGACUACGGCUGCAAUGCGCCGUCGCGCCUGGGGUACUCGGCGACGUGGAACGAGUGGGUGCACCCCAAGCUCAAGGUCGUGCGCUUCGCAGGGGGCUUCGAGCGCUGGGACGAGCUCACCGACAAGCUCUACCCGCCCACGCGGCGCUAUGAUCAUCUGCGGUGGGAGCUGCUGAGGGACAUGUCGGGGUUGCUCGUGCAGCACGGGGUAAUCGCGCCGGCCGACGCGCUGCCGAGUCCGCUGUGCCAGACGGACUUCAUGCAGUAUGCGCGCGGAGCCCCCGUGCCACGGAAGCUGUCCGUGGUCAUCCUCACGCGCGGGGAUCUGACGACUCUUCAGACGCUCAUAUUCCACUUCGCCGCCAUGCGCUUCGUGCACAUGAUCUACGUCAUGGCCAAGCCCACCGACGCCCCGGGAGGAGGGAGUGCGGGUGGUGCCGGCGGUGGUGUUGGGGGGGACUCGUCGGGAGGAUUCAACCUUGGUGGGAGCGGUAGUGGCAGCGGCGGCGGUAGCAGUGUCGGCAGCGCAUGGGCGCAGGGGCACACGCAGAGCAUCCUAGCAGCGGCCAUCGAAUCGUGGAACGCCAGCAAGCCCGUGGAGCUCCUCCCGCCGCUGCGCCGCUACUCCAUGUCGGCGCGCAUGCGCCCCAUCGCGUCCCUCCCCACGGACUGCCUGCUGAUGUGCGACGACUCGGUGAUGGUGGGCGCGUCCGUGCUGUCGUCCGCAUUCAAGUUCUGGCAGGAGCAGCCGCAGCGCCUCGUGGGGUUCUUCCCAUCGGCGCACUACCGCGACCCGCACACGAGUGAGCUGGUGUUUGUGGCUGACCCCCGCGAGGAGUACUCCAUGGUGGGCGCGCGCCUGCUGCUGCUGCACGCCGACUACCUGCAGUCCUACACCUGCACGCUGCCGCAGCAAGUGCGCGACUACAUCGAGAUGUCCCCGCAGUGCGCCGACGCGGCUCUCAACUUCCUGGCGUCCGAGCUCACGGACGCGGCACCCUUACUAGUCGUAGACCCAGACAAGCGCGUCACGGAGGACCUGGCCUCUUCAUUUGAGGACCACACGCGCGUGGGGUCAGCAUGCCUCAACGAUCUCGAGGCUUUCUUCGGCGACAUGCCUCUCCGCAACUCCACGCUCGCCAAGUUCCACCUGGAGCAGGACACCUUCACCAAGAUGCAGUUCAAUAAGGCCGGCGGCGGGGGAGGGGGAGGAGGGGGAGGAGGCGGAGGGGGAGGAGGGGGGGAGGGGGAGAAGGAGGGCGGGCUGCAGUGGGAGGCGCUGUUUGACGCCACCAAGAUGUCGUCCAGCGAUGAGAACUUCCGCUUCAUGCCCUCCCUCAGACGGGUGACCAACAUGCCAGAGGUCCACGUCUUCCCCUCCCCGCAGCACCCCAAGCAAAUCCUCUGCAUCCUGGGGAACCUCUCCACACCGCUCUGCUUCUCCGGGGGCGCGUGCAACAACUCGUUCGCCAUCGCCACCUUCGACUCCAUCCCACCGUCCGCCCUGAUGCUGCUGGGCACGUCGCUGCUGCUGCACUCGCGGUACGGCUUUGACGACCGCUUCCACACGCCCAACAUCCUCGCCAACCUCUUCUACCCCUACCCCGACUACUCCUUCAUGCGCCCCGCCCGCGCCUUCUUCUACCGCCGCGGCGGGCUCGACAUGCGCCUGUCGCCGUGGUCGCGGCUGCUGUUUAAAGCCAUUCUAGGGGCGCACAUCGCGCCAUUCCGCGUGCGCAAUGGCACGCGCCCCGUGUGCUUUGAGAGGGCUGUCAUGACGCGGCGGUACCGCCCGGCAGCGCAGGAGAGGAGCAUCGUGCUGCAGGACGUGCAGGAGCGCGCCUGGGCCUUCUGCUCCCUCGCCGCCUCCUCCAUCCCUCCCACUCCCACUGCCACUGAUGCUGCUGCCUCCGCUGGGAAUAGCACCACAGGGGCAGGGACAGCCCAGCAGCAGCAUCCGAUGGCGGGGGUGCCGCCGGGGCUGCGGGGGUUUGUGAGCUCGGACGCGCACACGAUCCGCGUGCUGGUGCUGUAUGGGGACGCGGACAGUGGGGGGUACGGCAUGAUGGAGAACCUGCAGGCCGUGCUCAAGGGGCUGAGGGACCGCUGCCACAAGGCCACUGCUUGUGAACUGGUGGCUGUUAGAGAGGCUAACUUCACCAACUUCUGUGCACAGGUGCUGUUCAUGGGGGCAGCAUCGAUGCUGGUGACAGUGAGUGGAGACGGCACCAUGAACCAUGUCAUGUGGAUGCGCCCAGGCAGUGCCGUCUUGGAGCUCGUGCCCUUCGGCAUUCCCGAGUACGACCCGCGCGUACUGCGAGUCUACGAGGAGGCUGCCAGGUGGGUGCGCGUGGAGCACGACAAGGUGUUUGAGCUCAUGGGCCCCGAGUGUCCGCGCAAGAACGCGUCGUGCCGCUUCAUGUACCGCCGCCGUGCCAUAGUGGCCAACGUGACAGCUGUCAUGGCGUGGUUCGACGCCACGUAUGCGCGCAUGCGUACUGAGGGGAAGGAGGGCACGCUAGGAGGCAGAUACGUGGCUGCGGUGGUAGCCGCGCUGCUGGUGGCCGUGGCGGGCGCCCUUGGGAUUGCCUCCCUGCUCCUGCCACGCACACGUGGCGCAUGCCACAGCAGUUGCAACCACACGGGACAGCUGAAUGCUCAAGGGAUGCCCAAUGACGCCAUUCUCCCAGCCUUCGAUCCCCGCGCCACUGCUCUUGAAACGCCUCGACGUCUUCUGCCCCGUAUGCUGGGCCUUGUUUACCUUGCCAGCUCCGUCCUGGUGUUUCUGCUGUGGUGGAUGGGCAUGGGCGUAUCAAGAGCGCGAUUUGGAAAGUGGUUGCAUCAGGAGGGCUUGGCGGUAAUGGUGGGGAUGGCAAAGCUGAGAAGUGCAGCUGCGUUCUUGUAUUGCAGGUGUCAUGCACUCUGCCUUCGACUCUCCGAUCCUCGCCGCCACACAUCCAUUCAGAUUGGCAGUUCAGGGGUUGGGGAAGUGACUGAAGCUCGUGGGCAGGGAGCCCCGUGGCAGGGAUUGGAAGGGUCGAUCAGGGCGCUGGCAGAGCAGGUGGAGGGGGCGAGGAGGGAGGUGACAGCAGUGACAACGGAAUUGGCGGAGCACAAGGGGCGACUGGCAGGCCUGCAAGAAGCUCUCACACAGACUCACCUUGCCAGCCAACGAUCUUGGGAGAUGCUUCUGUCAGUGUGGUGCGGGGACGCGUCAAAGAGCACCCAUGUGGAGCUGCAGAACCUGCCUACCCUCUCCACCACUGCACUGCGCCUUCUCUCCACCAUCUCUCUCCUCCAACAUGUCGAUUUAGACGGGUCGGCAGGCUUCAGUGCCGAGGGCGUGCGUCUCCUUUAUAAGCUGCCUCGUUUGGAGGACCUCAGCUUGCGAGACACAGCCGUUGCAAACGAUGCCCUUAUCGGCAUUGGGGAAGCGAAGAGCCUUGCUCGCCUGUAUCUGAGCCGCACCCAGGUGACCGAUGCUGGGCUUCUGCAUGUUGCUGCUGUUUCCUCGCUCAACACCCUGUCACUGCUUGGUUGUGAGGGCGUGACGGGCACGGGCAUGGUGCAUGUGGGGCGGCUGGGCGGCCUGGAGUGGCUGUAUUUGCAGGGAACGGGGGUGGACGAUGCCGGGCUGCACCAUCUGGCUUACCUUAGCAAGCUGCUUGUGCUCUACCUGCCCCAUGGGGAGUGUGUUGAUCACAAGAAGCUCUGUAGGCAGCUGGGCAGGUAG